CGCCCUCUGAUAAUGCAGCAUGGGCGAAAAUACCAGAGUGAAGAGAAACAGCUGAGGAAGCGGACUCCCCUACUGGCAACGAUUUUGAACGAUUGAACUAAAAGUGAUGUUUCAACAAUGCCGAUAGUGGAUAAACUCAAGGAGGCAUUAAAACCUGGUCGAAAGGAGACGGGCGAUGAAGGCGACCUCAACAAACUGUUGGCCUCUUCUGCCAAGAAGGUCCUUUUGCAGAAGAUAGAGUUUGAGCCCGCCAGCAAAGGUUUCUCCUAUCAAUUGGACAGUCUGAAGAACAAGUAUGUGAUCCUCAAUCCCAGGAAUGAGGGUGCUACGGGACAGAAGGCCACAGAGCCUGCCCAAAUAAAGAGGCAAGUCUCUGAGAAUGUGGUCGGGAGCCAGAGCGAUGGGAUCGCUGCCCCACAGAAGAUGCUCUUUCCAGGGAACAAGCUGACCCUCAAAUGGGAGCGGGUGUACAGGGUGGGAGCCGGCCUCCACAACCUAGGAAACACCUGCUUCCUCAACUCCACAGUGCAGUGUCUCACCUACACCCCACCACUUGCCAACUACUUACUCUCAAAGGAGCACAGCCGUGCCUGUCACCAGUCAGGCUUUUGUAUGAUCUGUAUAAUGCAGAACCAUAUCAUCCAAGCCUUUGCCAACACAGGCAAUGCCAUCAAGCCUGUCUCCUUCAUCAGAGACCUAAAAAAAAUUGCAAGACAUUUUCGCUUCGGGAGCCAGGAGGACGCCCAUGAGUUUUUGCGAUACACCAUUGAUGCCAUGCAGAAAGCCUGUCUCAAUGGCUACCCUAAGCUGGACAGGCAGACCCAGGCUACAACGCUGGUUCACCAGAUCUUUGGAGGUUACCUCAGGUCAAGAGUGAAAUGCUCUAUUUGUAAAAGUGUGUCGGACACGUAUGAUCCUUACCUGGACAUCGCUGUGGAGAUACGGCAAGCAGCAAACAUUGUACGCGCCCUCGAACUGUUUGUGAAACCAGAUGUGUUAAGUGGAGAGAAUGCCUACAUGUGUGCCAAGUGCAAAAAGAAAGUGCCAGCAACCAAACGCUUCACAGUCCAUCGAACAUCUAAUGUACUGACCCUUUCACUGAAGAGGUUUGCCAACUUCAGUGGGGGAAAAAUAACAAAGGAUGUUGGAUACCCAGAAUUUCUGAACAUCCGCCCUUACAUGUCUCAGAGCUCAGGCGAUCCUGUUAUGUACGGCCUCUAUGCUGUUCUGGUGCACUCUGGCUACAGUUGUCAUGCUGGCCACUACUACUGUUAUGUCAAGGCGAGCAACGGUCAAUGGUACCAAAUGAAUGAUUCAAUGGUGCACUCUAGUAACAUCAAAGUGGUCUUGAACCAGCAGGCUUAUGUGCUUUUCUACCUGAGGAUCCCUGAAACCAAGAAGAAUGCAGAUGGGCAGACCGCCAAGCAGGGGAUGAUGCAUUCUGGGAAGAACAGUGUGUCGUCUGAACAGAUAAAGAGGGCCAACCUGAACGGGCCUCUCUCCUCCCCGCAGGUCACAAAGAAACUUGAGCCUGCUCAGCUUCGUAAGAUCCAGUCUAUGGAUGGUGGUUUGGGCCUGCCCGUCUCCAGGAACGGAGUGGGCUCUCAGCUGCAGCCCAGGAUGUCCAAUUGGACGUCGUCCUCCAAUGGACCACCUAAGUUGCCAGGUGGACCUACGGUUAUCGAGGAGCCUUUCAAGAAGCUGAAGAAACCCUCUCCCCAGAGUCAAGCGCAGUCACGCAGCAGCACUCCUACCCCAUCCAAUAACGGGGUCAGCAGGACGGAGGGAGAUAAAAAGCAAGGUGGCGAGGGCAGAGGCAUGGCAGCGUCUACCUCAUUCAAGUCUUUGUCUGACUCUUCCUCUGCCGACACCACUGACUCAAAGGACUCCAUGGGUCCUAAAAGUGCUCCAGUAGGAGAGACUCCCUCCACCCCUCGGAAAGGCUCCAAUGGCCUGGCGUCUCCAGCCAAGAGUGUAGAGCGCUCUCAGAGCACAGAGGAGCAGAAGACGGCGAAAAUGAAACCCCCGACCCUCAACAACAUCACAUCUGAAGCCACCAGCACCAUGUCACCUCCACCUGCCAAGAAACUGGCCCUGUCAGCCAAGAAGGCUCGCAGCCGGAGUCCGAGCAGCAUUGAUGCUCUGCCCCCUUUGCCACGCCAGUUGUCCAGAGAUCCCACGCAUCCAAAUCAACUUAACCCCCUCACCUUUGCCUCACCUCACACUCACAGAGCUGGUCCAUUCCAUUCACCUAAAGUCCAGUCAUCGCCUUUUGCCCACUUAAGUGGAUCCUUCAAACAGCAGAGCCCUCAGAAACAGUCCAUUCUUUCUACACUGCAAAAGCCAAACGUCAGCCUUUCUCUUAAAACCAACGGGCUUCACAGUCCCGGCCCAAAGAGCCCCAAGUCUUCCAACAACCUCAGCUCCGUGGUCCAAGAACCAGACCUCAACAGCCUUUCAGCUCAAAAGGUCAACCAAAAGAAGAAGAAGAAAAAGAAGCGUCGCCACUCUGAGACGGAAGGUGAUACACAGGCAGCCGCAUCUCCAGCUGUGGAGAGUGAGACACAGUCCAACCAUGUGGAAUCAGCUAGCGAAAAGAAGAGGAAGAAGAAAAAGAAAAAGCGAAAGAGGGAGAACGAGGAUGGCGAGAAAGCGAAGGAGAGAGAGUGUGUCCCCUCUCACCUGGACACGUCAAACCAGGAGGAGGAUUGGUGUCAGGGUGGGAUGUGGAGUUUAAGCAACCAUCCAGAUACUGAACAGUCGAAAGACAAGCCUCUGUUAGCUGCCACGACCUCAAUGCAACGCCAGUCAAAUCAGGAAGAACACAAAAAGGACUCUGUGUUGUUGAUGAAGAAGAAGAAGAAGAAAAAGAAAAAGAAGAUGCAACUGGAGGAGGCUCUGCAAGACACAACUUCAGCAUGCUCUGCAUCAGAAAGGAGUCCUGAGUCGAAGGCCGCAGGUGUUCAGAAUGACACGGGAGAUUUGAUAAUGAUGAAAAAGAAACUAAAAAUGAAGAAGAAGAGGCUAAAAGAAGAGGUGAGACAGUGGGAGGAGAGCAAGCAAUGCUUAGAUGGGCAGAACAACAAGCCUGAAGCAGAAGAGCCCCCUUCCAAAAAGGACACCGCAGAGAACACCAAACACAGCUCAGCCACGGUGGUAGUGUGGGACAGCCAAGUGAAGGACGGCUACAAGCGCAAACAGGCGCCAGCGGCUGAUGGAAGUGCAGCAGGAGACACCUCAGCUGCUCCUCUAGCUUGGGAUGGGAAAAAGAUGAGUGGUGUGGUGGAGGAACUGCUCAGAAACUCCAAAGAUAAAGCCUAUGGAGCCAAUGUCCUCAGUUGGGAUGGAGAGAUCUCUGCUGUUAGUAGAGAUGCCAUUGAAGAUGUCCGCCAUGCCCGGUGUGACACCGUGAUCGAUGAGUGGGAUGAAGACUUUGACAGGGGAAAGGUGAAGAAAGUGAAAAACUAUAAAAGAGAGAAGUGGAGAAGCGGGAGCAGCAUCUUCCAGAAGAUUCAGGACAGACGGAACAAGUGGUCUGUAACACCCGGAGGGAAGAGAGUUUUUGGAGUCCGUCGCUGAAUGUCCAGAUAGCUGUUGAGGUCAUGUUGGCUGGAAAUCGAGACAACAAUACUGUAUACCAAACUUCUGUACUUUUGUCCCCUUUCUUUUUUACCUCUCUGUUCUGUGUUCAGUUCAGACCCAAAUUCUUGAAUAAUAUAUGAGCCAAAAGCAGCACAGCAGACUGCAUUAAUGGCUUAUAACUGACCCCUUGAAUAUCAAUUUUAAACUCAACUUUUAACUAACAUGAAAUGUUGUCUUCAGGCUUCAGUAACAUCGGCCAGUGGGAUUUGACCACUCACAUCCCCCCCUUUAAUCCAGUGGCUCAAACUUUUCUAUGCAUGCAGUAUUUAACAAGACCCCCUUACACCUCAGUGUCACAUGAAUUCAUCGGUGGCACCCUUUGAGCCUUGGUUAUUGCCUCCAAAAUCCUUGAAUACAGUUUAU